UUAAAAAGGAGACGCCCUAAAGUGGCGUGCCGCCAUCGGCCAUCGUAGUCUCAUUGAUACGGCAAGUGGGCUGUGGAAAUAGCGUCUUAACGGCACCAGCACGGCGCAUAGCGUACGUACAUGUACGUGUACAUUGUACAUGUACUGUGCAUGACAUGACCCACGAAGGCGGGUGUGUAGUACUGAACAGAGUCAAAUAAACUGGGCCAGCUGUGAACGAGCGCGAGCCCGACCGAUCCUUAAUGCUUUGUAGCUUUUAGUAUGACAAGAGGCAUUUGUCACGCGGGAAAAUGAAGUGGGCAUUCAAGGAAGAACACACGCUUGAAUCCAGAAUAGCCGAAUCCACGGAAGUGAGGCAGAAGUUCAAAGAUCGCAUUCCUGUGGUUGUAGAGAAAGCUCCCAGAUCAGACAUUCGUAAUAUUGACAAGAGCAAGUUCUCUGUGCCAUCAGAUCUGACGGUGGCCCAAUUUAUGUACAUCAUACGCAAGCGUAUAGAGCUUCCACCCGAGCAACCAAUGUUCUUGUUCGUCUCAAAGGUCUUACCGACCACAAGUGCAACGAUGGGAGCCAUCUAUGAAGAGCACAAAGACGAGGAUGGAUUCCUUUAUAUUGCAUACAGUGGCCAAAACACUUUUGGCUGAGAGGAAACAAGAAAACAAUACCCCAACAAAACAAAAUGAAAAUAGUCAUUUUAUUCAAUAGCUCAUGUGUUUUAUUUACCCCAGAACAAUUCUGGAUCAUUUCAAUGAAAUUUGUGUUGGAGGGGUGGUACUAGUCCCAACCUUUGUCGUCCAGUUUUUCCCCAACAAAGUUGACAAAAUAUUUGCAGAAGACAGGCACUAUCAAGACAUUCCUUAUUCUGCGAUUCUAAAACCUCUUUCACUUCCUAAAGAUAGGAAGUCCAGCAAGAUAUGGGAUGGAGGGGUACCCCCCUACAUGUCCAAUCCCUGUACACGCCCUAGAGUACUGUUACCUAACACAUCCCCUAGGUGUCUGUAAAGAAUUCCGGAGAUUCCGAUCAAAAGGAUGACCAACGCAAAGAUGGGGAGGGGUGCUCUCCAUCCCAUAUCUUGCUUCAUACCUGUAUGUCAGGAAGUGGCACAGAAUGUCACCCCCUCCCCGUCCUACAUGUCCAAUAAACCUGGAUCGAUCCACACCUGUAAAACAGUUUUUUUACACUGGCGGUGCAAUGUACAUGUAUAUUGUAUGCUAGCUGUAUAUGGAACAUACAUGUUGCUUGCAGAAGUGUGGAUGUAACAUUAAUAGGGAUCAUUCCUAUUUGGAUGCCAUGUUUUACUUAGAUAUGUGAAUUCAGGUUAUUUACUGAGGAAUAAAGCAACACAUUCACCCAAAUAACCUGGAUUGUUCUUCUAAUUGUUUUGCGCUGUACACUUAAAUCCAGGGUGCUGAUGACUAUACAAGCACACACACAUAAGACUUAAAGCUUUCAAGACAGGGCUUGCGGUAACACCGUGUGGAUAGAUCUCUUUUGGAAGAGGUACGAUUCUGAUAACCAUUGAGUGUAAGUGUGAAAUUGACGUUUCGACCAGGGGCCAAUUUCAUCAAGCUACUUAAGCACAAUGUACUGUCCUCCUUAAGAUGUUUCUAAUCUCAAUUUGGCAGCCAGCCAAACUCCUAUAACUGACGAAAUGGGAGUCAGGAAAUAGCUCCACAUGUAGCUUUGGUGUUUUAAUAUUUGGUCACACUGGACGAUGAUGUCAUUGACACGGAGUAACACUGUGUAGUAAACAAGAAAACACAAGCUAUGAAUAUGUGCGCUACAGUAUUACUAUACAAACAUUACACAUGUACGAGUCUCUAGUCUAAAAUACACUGAGAUUCAUGCUAAUAACUAGUCAAACGAGUACAUGUAAAUACUGAGCUCACAGAGCCCUAAAUAUGUCUAUUUAACAGGCCUUUAAGUGCAGAAAAUAGCCACACACAUCCCCAUGAACACGUGGAUCGCUUGGAGUGUUACAUAAUACAUGUUUGUUGCAUCCUUAUUUAACAUGUCAACAUGUGGGUAUAUAGAUGUGUAAACAAGGUAAACUUGACAUGAAAACCGAAUGUUAUAAAGGCCUCUAAUCUACUUGAAAUACCUCUUUAUAAAGAAUAAAACUGGAAUCAACUUACAGGCAAU